CUCUCCGGGCGGGGUGGCGGCUGGCUGGACUGACUUUGCUGGAACCUCCGAAGAGAGUGUGUGCAGCCUGGACUGGGGGCAGGGAUGGAGGAGGGCUCAGUAGUUCGUGCAAUCUUUGACUUCUGCCCCAGUGUGUCCGAGGAACUGACGCUCUUUGCCGGGGACGUCAUUGAAAUUCUCAGUGUAAUAGAUGAGUUUUGGCUGGUGGGGAAUAAAGAAGGGAUCACAGGACAAUUUCCUGCCAGUUUUGUGGAAGCUCUGAACAUCCCAUCUGUGAAACAUGGAGAAAAACUGUAUGUCUCCAUCAGCGAUUUCUCCUCCCAUGAGCCCGGAGCGCUGUGUCUGCAGAGAGGGGAUCUGGUGGUGCUGGAAGGGUCUCUGGCUUCAAGUUGGUUACAAGGAAGGAACUGUUGGGGCUCCAGAGGGUUUUUUCCCCUUUCCUGUAUCCAGGAAUUCUACCUUUCCUCCAAAAGCCGCCAGCUUUGCCAGAAUCUGGCUAUAGAGCUGCCGAGUUAUGCCAUUGGGCAGGCCCGGGCAAUAAUGGGCCUUUCUGCACAGCUGGAAGAGGAACUAGAUUUUCGGGAAGGAGACCUCAUCAUAAUCACUGGAGUCCCAGAACCUGGCUGGUUUGAGGGGGAGCUGAAUGGAAGAAGAGGAAUUUUCCCAGAAGGCUUUGUGGAACUCUUGAACCCUUUACGAGUUUUGGACAGUGUCCAAUUCACUAAUGAUAGAAACGAGUUUGGUCAUGAUAAGGAAAUAGCCCAGUUCCACAUAGAACAUCAAAAGGACACAGAUAAAAUGAUAUUGGAGGAAGAAGAAGAUGGUACGUUUGCCAUUGCCCUUUAUAGGUUCCAGGCUAUGGAGCAACGGGAACUGGACUUUGAUGUUGGAGACAGAAUUCGUAUUAUUAAAACAAUGGAGGAUGGGUGGCUGGAGGGCGAGUUGUAUGGAAAUAGGGGGAUCUUCCCUUACAGAUUUGUAAAAUUUGAGACUACAGAAAAGUCUUCUCAGGAGGAACAACUGAUUGAAUCUGAAAAUUUCGUUUUGCAAACUCCAAUAAGUUAUCUUGACAUAUCGUCUUCCUAUGAUCAACCUGCAACAGAUCCCCUCUAUUGGGACGUUCACAUGGAGGACAGUCCACAGUCCACAUCUAAUGAUGCCCAGGAGAAAAGGCAAAGUCAAGAAUCCUAUUUAAAAAGAAACAAUGGAAUUAUGCAAAGCGAAUGCGACGCAAACAAUGCUUCUUCAAAACCCCAGCUACCGCCUCGCCCACAGAAUAAACUGUGCACUCCUCCAACAUCACAAACUGGUGGGCAAAGGUCCAACGAACAUAAUUCAACUUCAUCGGUGAAUGAGGACAGAAGGAAGAGGUCGUUUGUUUCAAAUGGGUCACAAGAAAAAUGGUUUUCUAAAAAGGCAUUUUCUAUGACGACUGAAGAGAUUCGUCUUCAGAACAACACCAACGAAAGGUCGAAAAACAAGAAUAGGAAAAACAGUCUUCCUCUUCAAGACUUGGUUCACUGGGUGGAGGACCAUCGGCAAAAGACAAAAGCUUCUUCUCGCACAAAAGACAAGCAUGGUGACAGAAGUUCUUGGUCAACUCCAUGGCCAACUAGUCGGGACAGCCCAGCCAAUGACGAACGUAGAGGCAGCGGUGGGUCUGAUUUGAUUGAUUUAGACUCCAAGCUUUCCGAACAGCUUUCGCAGUUUGAAAAGAGCGUCUCGAAUCCAAAGACGAAUGGUAAUGGUAAGGUCUCCCGGCAUUUUUCUAUCCUGGAUUUCAACUCUGAAACCGACAUUAUCCGGGGGUCACCACAGCAAUCCAGAGUGCAAAAAUCUCCUGAAAAGAAGAAAACUCUGCGGCCUCCUCCUCCACGUCCUCAUCAGAGAGCUAAUACAUCUCCAGGUACAUCGUAUUUAGUUCCACCAAGACAGAAUUCAUAUAGAAGGGAGUAUGUGGAAAAUACACCCCCGGUUCAAUCCCUGAAACCUUCCAGACCUGCUCCAUUACCCCCACCAAACAGUCAAAGAAAUACUCCAUCUCCAAGGCCAGUACAAGGACAGGAAACCCUACUGGAUGAAAGCCCUUAUGACGGGUUCUCAAUUUCCAGUGCUCCUGAUGAAGCUGACACAGCAGAAGACUUGGAAGAAAUGGACAAAGAUCGGCCUUGUCCUUUCUUACUAUUGAAGAUUGAAGAUGUAGAACAGGAAUUGGAGAUCUACAGGAAAACUCGAGAAGAGCUUUGUUUGAUGCUCGAGGAUGACGAGCAGGAUGAGGAAACGAGAGCAGAAACUAUUGAGAACUUGGAGUUUUGUGACUCCAACAUUGAAAGCUUGGAUGUGGAGCUGCAACAACUUAAAGAUAUGACUCUGUUGUCCUCGCAAGACGAGACCUUGGAGGAGACGCCAUCUGCUGCGUCUGCCACCGAAAACUCGGAGACGAGGAUGCUGGAGAAGAGGUCGAAGGUCAUUGAGGAGCUGUUACAGACAGAGCGGGACUAUCUCCGAUCCCUGGAGACCUGUGUGGAGCACAUCAUGAUUCCCCUGCAGGCAACACAGAUGACGAAUGUGGAUUUUGAGGUAUUAUUUGGAAAUAUCUAUUCAGUGAUUGACGUUACCAAGAAUUUAUUAGGAGCGCUGGAGAACUGCGACUCCGUGGGUUUGAUAUUCCUGGAGCAGCGGGCAGAGCUGGAGCCUGUAUAUAAGGAGUAUUGCCAGAAUCAUGAAGAGACCCUUGCAUUGCUGGAAACCUAUGAUAAAGACGAAAAGUUUCAGAGACACCUCCAGGAGUGUAUGGAGACUGUGAAGAGUCUGUACCAGGAAUGGGGGUGCACCAAUUACAUAAACCUGGGCUCCUUUCUUAUUAAGCCGGUGCAGAGGAUCAUGCGCUAUCCUCUUCUUCUCAUGGAGCUGGUUGGAGCAACUCCCGACUCCCACCCAGACAAGAACCCCAUUAAAGACGCUGUGCGGGCAGUCAAAGAAAUUAACGUCAAUAUAAACGAGUACAAGAGGAGAAAAGAUCUGGUUGUGAAGUACCGUAAAGGUGAUGAAGACAGUAUAAUAGACAAGAUCUAUAAACUAAAUAUCCACUCAAUCAUCAAGAAAUCCAACAGAGUCAGCAGUCACUUGAAGCAUCUCACAGGCUUUGCUCCUCAGAUCCGAGAUGAAGCCUUUGAAGAGACCGAGAAGAACUUCAGAAUGCAAGAAAGACUGAUCAAGUCCUUCAUCCGAGACCUGUCUGUGUACCUCCAGCACAUCAGGGAAUCCGCCUGUGUGAAAGUCCUGGCUGCCAUGAGUAUGUGGGAUUUGUAUGCAGACAAAGGAACCAGUGACCUGGAGAGGUUUCAGAAAGCCCAUCGUCAGAUCAGCGAGAAGCUCUUCACCGAGUUUAAAGAAAGAACGGAGAAGCUAGUCAUCUCUCCUCUCACCCAGCUCCUCACAAUGUUUGCCGGCCCACACAAGCUGGUGCAGAAAAGGUUCGACAAGCUCCUGGACUACCAUAACUGCACCGAGAAGGCUGAGAAGCUGAAGGACAAGAGGACCUUAGAUGAGCUUCAGUCUGCCAGGAAAAACUACGAGGCUCUGAACGCCCAGCUUCUGGAUGAGCUGCCCAAGUUCCAUAACUACGCCAAGGAGCUGUUUGCGAGCUGCGUGCGAGGCUAUGCCAAUGCCCACUGCGACUUUGUGAAGCUCGCCUUGGAGGAGCUGAAACCUCUGCUAGGUCUGUUGGGCAUUGGUGGGAGAGAAGGGAACAUCAUCUCCUUAUUCCAGGAGGAGCACACUAAGGUCCUAGAACAGCUCCAGGUCUUCACCUUCUUCCCAGAAAACCCUCCUCCAGCCAAGAAGCCUUUUGAGAGAAAGACUAUAGAGCGACAGUCUGCUAGAAAGACCGUACCAAGUCCUGCCAAAUACAUCCCACAGACAGAUGAACAUCGGGCGCUCUUACUGGCUCGUUACCCACCAGAAAACCUCUUUCAGGCAGACCGCAACUUCAAUGCUGCUCAGGAUUUGGAUGUGUGUGUCCAGGAGGGGGACCUUGUUGGUGUUAUUAAACAACAAGACCCGAUGGGCAGCUAUAACCGAUGGCUGGUAGAUAAUGGAGUCACAAAGGGAUUUGUUUACAGCUCAUUUCUGAAACCAUAUAAUCCUCGGCGCAGCCACUCGGACGCUUCCAUCGGCAGCCAUUCCUCCAACGAAUCUGGCUACGGUGGCUCCUCUCCUAUUUUUUCAAGGCAGAACAGCAACAGUACUUUAUCCAUUAACCCAAUUAACGCCUCUGUUACCUUCACCAAUGCCUCCGCCGCAAAAAGCGUGGACUCCCCAGUAACGAGCAGCAAUCCAUUGGACCCAUGUGCUCCAUCCAAAGCCGGACCAGCUGUGGAUGGAACCUCUAAAAGGGCCAGCGAAACAGACUCUGGAAUAUCAACCCAGGCACUGGAGAAGGAGCAGAGACGAUCGAGAGAAAGCUUGAACGACUCUGCCCAACAGAUGGAACCUAAAAGACGGGCCAACCAGCCGGAAAGUGGAAGUAACUCAACAUUACCAAGCAAUGGAGACAAAGGACACGUCUCCACCAAUCGCAGGCUCAGGAAGAAGGAGCCUGCUACAGCAACGGAGAAAGAACAAGAUGGCUCUGAUCUAGAAGGGAACCAGGUGUAUUAUGCAGUAUACUCCUUUAGAGCACGCUCCCCCAACGAACUUUCCAUAUCGUCCAAUCAGAGACUCAGGAUCCUGGAGUUCCAAGACAUGAAUGGCAACGACGAAUGGUGGUUUGCUGAAGUGGAAGGGCGGCGCGGGUACGUGCCAUCCAGUUACAUCCGGAAGACGGAGUACACGUGAGAGGGUCGCCCCGCACGCGCCCGUACCUGGAUUUCACAUCACCUAGAGAACAUUUGUGCCUUUUUUUUCUCUCCCCCCAGGAUGAUGGUUUUCAUUUGUUUGCUGCUGAUAUCACUUGAACAAUAUUUACAGAGAAUGUGGUUUUUCUACUCUAGAACUUGGAAUCAGCUAGUACGUCCAGAGCAGAAGACAGGAUUUUGCUUGCAUUAACCAGACUUGGUGCAUUUUACUGACUCAAAAAGUUAGCAAAACGGGGCGGAGUCGGGAACAGGCCUAUUAGGCAGAGACGUGGCAUUGAGGGGAGUGGCUUAAAGCUGUAGGACUACAAUUCCCAGAAUCACAGCCAAAGCCUUGAGGGGCCACUUCCUUCAUGAUCAUUGAAAAUGGGGGUCAUUUAUGAAUAUGGGGGGGUGGCAAAAAUGUAACUGCUGUUCCUGGCGGCCAGUCAGGUUCUUCGUUUUUGAACAAACCAGGGUUCUGAUUGGUUGCAUUAGGUCUGCCCCAGUGUGUUCAGGCAGAGCAGAUAGUCACAGGCCUGUGCUGUGAUGGAGUUUUGUGUAUUAAAUACACUGCGAAUGUACAACAUCCUUCCACUUAACAAUCCUUUUUAUUUCUGAUAUAGACAUUAGAUAUACAUGAUAGUAUAAAGGUGCAAAGGAGUGUGCAAAGCAAAUAGGUUUUUUAUUUUUGUUCCUUGUUCUGGGUGUCCCACCAAUCCAAUAGCACAUAUUACUGCGCAUUGAUUGGUUAGAUGUCUCCGUGAUAAACACGCCUACAAAGGGCAUUCGUCCAGCUUGUGAUUGGCUCGCACACAGCAGAGCAGGCAGCACUUAUGUUCAUAUUUUUUUUAACUUUUUACCUUAAAAUAAUUCCCAAAAAUAGAACUGAUCUGCUUAGGGCUCCAUUCACACUUGUGCGACUUGUCGUGCAAUUUUGGACAACAAAGGUUGAGGUUCCAAUGAUAACCAUUCAUAUAUGCGGGACUUAAAGUUGCAGCGACUGGGGUACUAAACUCGCAACAGUAAAAUC